GUUGAAUGUAUCAUUUCUCCCCUGCAAAGUUUUAGACUUUUAACAAUGGCUUUCUCUUCUCUAUCUCCUCUACCUAUGAAGUCACUUGACAUUUCGAGAUCCUCAUCUUCUGUCUCAAGAUCUCCUUACCAUUUUCAGAGAUACCUAUUGAGACGUCUACAGCUAAGUUCCCGUUCAAACUUAGAAAUCAAAGAUUCAUCAAACACUAGGGAAGGUUGUUGUUCCAGCGCUGAGUCAAAUACAUGGAAGAGGAUUUUGUCUGCAGCAAUGGCGGCGGCUGUUAUAGCCUCGAGCUCCGGCGUUCCGGCCAUGGCAGAGCUUAACAGGUUCGAGGCCGAUACACGUGGCGAGUUUGGGAUUGGCUCGGCUGCUCAGUACGGUUCUGCUGAUCUCAGGUAUCAUUUAGAGUUCUUGUCUUAAAGUUCUUUAAAGAAUUUCAUUUGUUUUUGAUGGUGAUAGACUGAUAGUUCGUUGAGAUGAACUCUGUUUCUUUUGCAGCAAAACAGUUCACUCCAAUGAAAAUUUCAGAAGAGCCAACUUUACUUCUGCCGACAUGAGAGAGUCUGAUUUCAGCGGUUCGACCUUCAAUGGCGCAUAUCUUGAGAAAGCAGUUGCAUACAAAGCUAACUUCUCAGGUGCUGAUUUGAGCGAUACAUUGAUGGACCGCAUGGUGCUAAAUGAGGCGAAUCUGACAAAUGCAGUGCUGGUCCGAUCGGUUCUAACCAGAAGUGACCUCGGUGGUGCCAAAAUCGAAGGUGCUGAUUUUAGUGACGCUGUGAUUGAUCUUCUUCAGAAACAGGCUCUGUGUAAAUACGCAACCGGGACAAACCCAUUGACCGGAGUGGACACGAGGAAGAGUCUUGGCUGUGGAAAUAGCCGGAGAAACGCAUAUGGUUCGCCUUCUUCUCCUCUUCUCAGUGCACCGCCUCAACGUCUGCUAGGCCGUGAUGGAUUCUGCGAUGAAAAGACCGGUCUCUGUGAUGUCAAGUAGUUUCAAGAUGUUAUGUAUCAUGUGUGAUUACAAUACAGAUAUAGAAUUUGUAUCUUUAUAUGUUGUGAAACACUAAUCAUGUGAUGUAUGUUUAUAGGAGUAUUGAAUUGUAAAUGACUGGAGAAAGAAAAAGAACAAAAAGAUAACACUGAAAAAGAGGAGAUAAUGAUCAGUUUUGUCUCUAAGACAAUCAAA